UCAUCACGAGGCGACCGGCGCGACACGUGGGUAUCCUGUAGCUGUUUGUGUGCAGAGCUCAGGUUUCCAUCCACUGAUUGUGUACCCUCAUUAACCAUGAGCUCCGAGGGACAGAAGGGCAAGAAGAGGGGGAAAUCCCAAUAUGUGGGGAAUGCAAAGAGGCAAAGGGGCUGCAGGCAGCUGGAGGUGGGCAUGCAGGGGAUCCUCAUCACUUGUAACAUGAACGAGAGGAAAUGUGUAGGGGAAGCAUACAGCCUUCUUAAUGAAUACGGGGAGCAGUUGUAUGGAGCAGAGAAGUUACACGAGGAUCGUGAUGGUGCAUCUGAAAGCGAGGAUGAUGAUGAUGUGGAGGCAGCUCUAAAGAAAGAAGUUGCUGAAAUUCGCACGUCAACAGAAAAAAACCUGCGCAGAUUCCAGUCUGUAGACAGUGGCGCCAACAAUGUUGUUUUCAUUCGGACCCUGAAUGUGGAACCCGAGAAGUUGGUGCAUCACAUUCUAAAAGACAUGUAUACUACCAAAAAGAAGAAGACUAGGGUCAUCCUCCGGAUGCUGCCCGUGUCUGGCACUUGUAAAGCUUUCCCUGAAGAUCUCCGGAAGUAUGCUGAGAAGUUUUUUGAACUGUGGUUUAAGGCUCCCAAUAAAGGAACCUUUCAAAUUGUAUAUAAAGCUCGCAACAACAAUCACAUGAACAGGGAUGAUGUUAUCAAGGACCUGGCAGGCAUUGUUGGAAGCCAGAACCCAGAGAACAAAGUGGAUCUGAAUAACCCAGAGUACACCAUUGUGGUGGAAAUAAUAAAAAAUAUUUGCUGCCUGAGUGUCGUGAAGGAUUACAUCCUCUUCAGGAAAUAUAAUCUGCAGGAGGUGGUGAAAAGCAACAAAGAGGAAACUUCACCAAAUCCGGCCACCACGGCUACAGAGAAAAAUGACGAAGAAACUAAGGAAGAACCAAAGACUGCCGAUGCCUAGUGCAAUACAUGGGACAGUUGGCUGCAGAGCUUGGCCGAGCGUGGAUGCCUGCGGCUUAGAAGAAUCCAGAUAUGGCGGAUUUUGAAGCAUAGUUUGACAUGAGUUUCUCUUUAUUCCCUUUGGAAACCACUAAGCAGAAAUACAACUUCUCCUAAAUUACCUUAUUUCAAAUUUUUCUGUUUUUGCAGGUUAUCUACUGACUGUCAGAGGUCAGAAAUUUCCAUACAUUUCACUUCCAUCUGUAAUAUGAUAGGAAAAAGUUUUU